UGAAAAUUAGCUGUGAAUGGUGAAUCUGUGAUUAUCGAUGUUUUUGUAGGGGUAGGCGGUAAUGUCCGUGAUUGUUUUUAUUUUAACGUUAUCUUCAGUCUGUUUGGUGUGUGUACCUAACUGUUUUUGUUUUUAUUUGUUUCCCAUCUUUAAACUGUGUUAAUAAAUAUUAAUUUGUAAUAUUUAAUCAUUUGAUUACUUAUUUUCACUUAUUCAUAUAACACUGCAAGCGUAUUUCAGUUUUGUAAGUGUAUAUUAAUGACAACUUGUAUUGUAUUAUAUUGUAUGUACAGCAACUUAACUCUCAUUAAUUGCUUAUAAGAAGCACUGCUUGGAUUUGAUAUUCGAAUUGAUGUUUCUUUUUUUGUUUAGUUGACAAUAUCAAAUUAUGUCAAAAUAAUCAUUAAUUUACGAAGAAUUCGUUAAAAUGCCACCAGUGUUGAAAUGCAUAGAAAUGGACAACUUCAAGUCCUACAGGGGCCAUCAUAUGAUCGGUCCCUUGAAGAACUUUACAGCUGUUAUUGGGCCUAAUGGUUCUGGUAAGAAUGAAUAACAGUUCAUUUGUUAGGUUUCUUUCAAUGAUGAAUUUUCUUUUUAUCAGGUAAAUCUAACUUUAUGGAUGCUAUAAGUUUUGUGAUGGGUGAAAAAACCACAAGCCUUCGGGUGAAACGUCUCAGCGAUCUUAUACAUGGUGCUUCGGUUGGACAACCCGUUUCUCGCAGGUAAAGAGCAUAAUUAUUUGUUAUGUGAAUAGUUGUAAUAAUUAUUAAGUGUACACAUAGGUAUUGGUAUAUAUUUUAAGCGAUGUUUAAUAAUAUGUAAUAAUCUAAACCUAUUUUCCUAUUUAGUGCUAGUGUAACUGCAGUUUUCAAAAUGGAUAGCGAAGGAACUGAAAAAAGAUUUACAAGGACUGUGGUAGGAUCAUCUUCAGAUUAUCGAAUUAAUGAUGAAGUAUGUUAUUUUGUUUAAAGUUAUUAUUUAAAUUACUAAUAAUUAUAUUGCAUUUAAAAUCCACAAAAAGACAUUUAAAAACAUCAAAAAAGGAUUGAAAAAUUAAUGAAAAAAUAUUUUGAAAAGCAAAAAUGGUAGAGGGGAUGAAAAGCCUUAUUUUAACUUAGUAGUUCUAACUUAUCAAAUAAAAUUAUAUAAUACUACAAAAAUAAUUAAUACAAAGUAAUUCUUUUAUUAUACUUUUAAUUCUAUUUUUUUUUUUAAGUGGUUUGAGUUAUUCAUUGUUGUAGUGUUAUUGCUUUUUGCAGACUUCAUGUGAAUAUAAAUCUGUUCUCUUAUAAUAACGUUUUUAUUAUAUUUUUUAUUGUAGGUAACCUCCAAUCAAGAAUAUUUCGCACAGUUGGAAAAGAUUGGUGUGAAUGUGAAAGCAAAAAAUUUCUUGGUAUUUCAAGGUGCAGUUGAAUCGAUUGCUAUGAAAAAUCCAAAGGAAAGAACUGCAUUGUUCGAAGAAAUCAGUGGGUGUGUAUUUAAAGUUUAAUAUUUAUAAUAUGCAUUAUUUUAGAUUCUGAGUGGAGCAAAGAAGUUUAUAGUUUUACAAAGAUGUUUAUCUAUUUUAUUUUUUAUCUGUGUGCAAUUUUUCUACCAGAAGACUUGCUCGGAUUUCUAUGUGUAGCACCUUUUCUGAAAGGAAAUUGGUGUGAGGAGGUUCCUUUAGGGAAGUUGUUUUUCAAUUAUCUCAAGUUUUCUCAUCAAAUUUGAAAAACCAAAAAAAAAAUAUUAAAAAUGUAGGUAUUAGUUAAAAUAUAUUACCGCCUUCUUUUUUUGUGUGCACAACUUUUCUGCCAGCACUUUUGUUCCAACUUCUAUUGAUAGCAAUGUUUCUAAAAGGAAAUUUUACAUGGAGUUACUUUAGAGAGGUCAUUUAUCCAUUUUACCAAGAAUUUUCCAGCAAAUGUGAAAAAUCGGGGGAAAAAACUGGGAAAAUCAGUACAAUAUUAAACAAAUAUUAUUAAAAAAAAUAUAUAAAUGGUAUUUAAUUAUUUUAAUAUAAAAUGACAUAUAUAUUGUUGACAAAGCGUCACUAUCAACUGAACUCCGCUCAGAAUUUUUUUGGAAUGGUUUAUUGUCGCUUACAGGUAUACAUUAAAUUAUCUAUAACAGUGACUGCACCCGUCCCCAUUAUCCUAGGAGGUCUUUUUUUAGUUCAGGUUUUAAUGUUUUUAUUAUUAAUUUUACUAAUAGUCCUACUACACACUGCGUAUAACCAUCAAAUUAAUGUAAAUAAUAAUUAAAUUUUAGCUGUGUUCAGUAAUACAGGACUUUUUUUUUUUUUAUACUUCAAUUUUAAAUUUUUUUAUUAAUCCUUUAGUGUUACUUCUCAAUCUAUCUGUAAUUCACAUUGGAUUUUGAGCACAAAAUCCAAUGUCUUGUUGGAUCUUACUCACCGAUGUUCUAAAUUUUAGAUCACUACAUGCUAUAAAUUUAAAUCUAAAUCACAGACUUGCAUAUAAAUACUGCCUUUUAUUAUUAAAAUAUUUAAAUUUUAGAUCAGGUUCAUUAAAAGAAGACUAUGAUCGUUUGAAAUCAGAAGUGAUUAAAGCAGAAGAAGAAACUAACUUCACAUAUCUCAAAAAAAGAGGAGUUGCUGCUGAGCGUAAAGAAGCAAAGUUAGAAAAAGAAGAAGCAGAAAAGUAUCAGAAAUUAAAGGACGAAUUGGUCAGUAUUUGUUUUAUUUAAUUUAAAAUGUUAAUGUAAUCAAAUAAUCAAAUCAAUUUAUAUAAUGUAGUUAAAUUGUUCUUAAGUUUUUAUAGCCUUUCAUUCAGGGCUUUUACUGCUUCUACAACUUUCCGCCACCUUUCUUUAUCCCCACUCACUUCUAGCUCCAUUCUUGUGCUACCUUUUGCAGGUCUGCACUCAAUGAAUCAAUCCACUUUAUCCUAGGGCAGCCUCUAGGUCUUCUCUCGUUGACUAUUUUUACCAGUACUUGUUUACAGAUACUACUGUCACUCCAAACAUCCCUAUCUACAGUAUCUAUUUGCUUCUAAAAAAAAAAGAAGGUACAUUUCCUCAUUUGUUUUUAUAUGGUACUCUCCAUUUUCAACAAUUGGACCAUAAAUUUAGUUCAAUUAAGAUUUAUUAAUAAUGUCUUGCAUAUUUAUUAUAUUAUGUUAUACUAUUUUAUAUAUUUAUAUAUUGGAUGAAAGCAUAUUUUUAAAAUCUACAGGGAAUAUAAUUUCUGUUAAUAUGUGUUGGUUAUAUCAUAAGUAUAAUGAAUGUUUACAUUUGUAAUGUGUUUAGGCCCAAAAAGAAGUUGAAUACCAAUUAUUCCGCCUGUAUCAAAAUGAAAACAUGAUUAAGAAUUAUGAACAGGAUUUAGAAGAACGUAAAAAAGAGGUUGAAAAGAUAGAAUACAAAAAGGAAAAGGCUGAAGAAGUGGUCAAGGAAAAGAAAAAAGAGCAAGGCAAAGCAAGUCGGGAUUUAGCUAAAGUCGAACAAGAAAUCAGAGAAAUUGUAAGGCUAUUUUGAUUUAUCUACUAUAGCUUUUUAGUUUUAAUUAUUAUUUAAUUUUAGGAAGUUGAAAUUAAUAAGAAGCGCCCAUCUUUUAUCAAGUCUAAAGAAAGGGUAGCACAUAUCCGUAAGAAAUUGAACACGGCAAAAAAAUCAUUAGCUGAAGUAGUAUUGGCCAAUGAUGCUCAUAAGAAGGAUAUUGAUGAACUGGAAGCUGAACUUAAAGAAGUUGAAAAACGACGCGCUGAGUAUGAAGAACAAGUUGCUGGGGAAAGUCAAAUGCAGGGAAGAGAUGUGCAGUUGGAAGAUGCUCAGGUAUUUUUAUAUUGAUACUAUUAUUAAAAAAUUGUAUAAAAAUAGAAACUAUCCUGUAUUCAAAUAUUUGUAGACAUUUAUUUUAAAUUGUAAUUCUAUUAAUUUUUUUUAAGGUAUCUGAGUACAAUCAUUUAAAAAUUGAAGCUCGUAAACAAUCAGCUCUCUAUUUACAAGAAUUAGAUUCUAUUAAUAGAGAACAGAAAGCUGACCAAGACAGAUUGGAUAAUGAGACGCGUUUGAGAUCAGAACUCGAAAAUAAAAUUAAACAAAAAACUCAUGAAAAAGAAGAGGCUCAGAAACGAGUAGACAAAUUAACUGAGCACAUCAAAUCUAGUGAAAAUGCACUAGAAGAACAAAGACGUUUAUAUGAUGAACUUCGAAAAGAUGUUGGUUCUUCCAAAGACAAAGUUUCAAAGUUGCAAAGAGAUUUAGAUAACGUAACUGAACAGUUGGGAGAUGCCAAAGUAGAUAAACAUGAUGAUACCAGGCGUAAAAAGAAACAAGAAUUAGUUGAAAAUUUUAAAAAAGCAUAUCCGGGUGUGGUAAGUUUUUGUUAACUAUAAAAACAUAAUUAAUAGUUUAUUUUCUAAAUAAUGUCUUUUUAGUACGAUCGUUUAAUCAACAUGUGUCAUCCUAUAAGUAACCGUUACAAUGUGGCAAUCACCAAAGUAUUGGGUAAAUACAUGGAAGCCAUAAUUGUAGAUUCUGAGAAGACGGCACGUUUGUGUAUUCAAUAUUUAAAAGAUCACAUGCUGGAUCCAGAAACUUUUUUGCCUAUUGAUUAUUUGCAAACAAAACCACUUAAAGAGCGUUUAAGAAAUAUUAGUCGUCCACACAAUGUUAAGCUUAUGUAUGAUGUACUGGAAUUUGAUCCAGAAAUUGAUAGAGUAGUUUUGUUUGCAACUAACAAUGCAUUAGUGUGUGAAUCUCCUGAUGAUGCCAAUCAUGUUGCUUAUGAACUAGAGAGAGAUGGAAGAUAUGAUGUAAGAAUAAAUAUUUCAAUAUUUUGUUUCUUAUUCAUGUUGUACAAUUUUAUAAAUAAUAUAUAUUCGAUUAUUGAUGUAUCAAUGUUAACCAUAGUUUUGAAAAAAUAAUAUAUUCAUAUUUAAAUGUUUUAUAGUCAAAAUAUUGUUAUUGGUUUGUUUCAUUAAAGUUAUACAUUUUUUGUAUUAGGCUGUAGCCCUAGAUGGAACAUUUUAUCAAAAAUCUGGUAUUAUAUCUGGUGGUAGUUUGGAUUUAGCUCGUAAAGCAAAGCGAUGGGAUGAAAAGCAUAUGACUCAAUUAAAGGCUUCUAAAGUAAUUAUUUUUCCUAAAUUGGUUUACCUAAUAAUAUUAUGUUGUAUUAAUUAAUAAUUAUUUAUUUUAGGAAAAAUUAUCUGAAGACUUGCGUGAUGCUAUGAAGAAAUCGCGUAAGGAAUCUGAAUUGAAUUUGGUAGACUCUCAGAUUAAAGGUUUAGACAUGAGGCUCAAAUAUGGGAAAACUGAUAAAGAAAAUACUGUAAGUACAUUAUUUUAGUAAAUAAUAGAUGUUCAUUUAUAUUAUAUAAACUAUAAUUUUUUUGUAUUUAUUUAGUUAAAACAAAUCCGAGAUUUAGAAAAAGAACUAAAAUUCUUAGAAAAUAAAUUAGAAGGAAGUGGAGUGAGUAUAUUUUUUUUUGAAAAUUCCAAUUAUAAGUUAUUAUUAUAAUUUUUUUGGUUUUGUUAUUUAAUAACUUAUAAAUAAUUGUUUUGGUUUAGCCCCGCAUUGAAGAAAUUGAAAGAACAAUGCGUACUCGAGAUAUUGAAAUUCAAUCAAUGCGCGGCCGUAUGAAUUCAGUUGAGGAUGAUGUGUUUGCAGAUUUUUGUCGACAAAUUGGGAUGGCAAAUAUCCGUCAGUAUGAAGAACGAGAACUGAGGUCACAACAAGAAAGAGCCAAAAUUCGUUUGGAUUAUGAAAACCAAAAAAAUAGAAUUAUGAGUCAACUAGAUUUCGAACGGACAAAAGACACACAAAGUAAGCUUUGUUGUAGUUAAAUAGAAAAUUUAAAAAUGUUAUUGACAUGUUUGUUUUUUUUAUAAUAAGACAAUGUGAUACGUUGGGAGAGAGCAGUACAUGACGAUGAAGAGGAACUUGAACGUGCAAAACAAGCUGAACAGAAACAAAUGGCUGAAAUUGAAACUGACACGAAAGAAGUGGAUCGGCUGAAAGCUCAACGGCAGACUAAAAAACAAGAAGUAGAUCAAAUGGAUGAAGUGAUCAGCAAGGUAUAUUAUUAUUAUUAUUAUUGUUAUUAAGAGGAAUAUUUUAAUGUUUCUGAUAUUACUUAGGCACGAAAAGAUGUUGGUGCCAUUGCCAAAGAUAUUCAGGCGGCACAAAAGCAGGCAACUAGUUUGGAGAACAAAGUAGAAGUUCGUAGGGCCGAUCGUCAUGCAAUUUUAACUCAUUGUCGAGUAUGAUAAAUGUUAAAUUAUUAUGAAAUCAUACAAUAUACAAUUUUAUUAUUAUUCGUUUAUUUAGAUGGAAGAUAUAAAUAUACCAUUAUUACAAGGUAAUUUGGAAGAUAUUAUUCAAGAACAGUCAGCAAAUAACUCUGAAGAUCAAGGACGAGACAGUACAGCAAAUACUCAAGAGAUUUAUGAUCAGGAAGCAAGGUGAAAUAUUGAAUAUUGUUUAAAUAGAAUUAUUUGGAUAAAUUUGACUUCAGUUUUUUAUUUUUUUAAUACAAUUUAUUUAAUUUUACCAUACAUUAGAUACCUUAAAAUAGAUAAAUAUUCAAUUAAUAACUUGAGUUAAUAUGUAAUGAAAAACGUGUACUCACGUAUAUUUAAUACACUUGAAUUUACUAUCCAUGUUCUCGUGUUAUAGUGUUAUAGUGUUCACGUGAAUACUUGAAACUAUAUGAAAAAAAAACGUUGAAUAUGUGAGUACAGAAUACAAUUACAUACAUGUAAAAGGAAUUUUUUGUACAUAAUUUUUGUAAAUUUAAAUGAUAGUUUCAGAUAUUUACACGAAAGCGUGUACUCUUGAAAUAGGGAGCUUUAAGUUAAUUAAUUUUUAUUUUAAAUUGCCAAAUACUGAAAAUUAGCAAGUAGAAAUUCUAAACAAAUUCUAAAAUAUCAAUUUUUAAAAUUGUUUUUUUGUUAAUUAUAUAAUAAAACAAAUUAUAAACAUUGCAUAGUUAAAAUGUCUAAAUUGAAAGUGGAAUAAUUUUUUUUAAACUAAAAUUUUAUAAAAUAAGUACCAAUAGUUAAAUUAUCACAAAUUUGAUGUAAGAUUGUACCUUAUUAUAUAUGAAUGGAGAACCGAUAUUUAUAUGUUAAACAUUUCUAUAAAUCAUUUAUAUUAAAAUUUGUCCGGCAGUAUUUAGGAUAUUUAUUAUUUAUAUGCAAGCCUUUAUCUGUUGGAAUAAAACCAUUUAUCCACUACUCUCAACUAUCAAUAUAUAGUGUUUCUACUAUAAGUUAUAUUAUAUAUUUCUAAUUUUUUUAAUAUUUUUUUAUUUAAAUGUUUACAGGAUUACUGUGGAUUACUCAUUAUUACCUGAUCACCUCAAAGAUUUAGAAGAUCUAGAUGAAAUAAAAAAAGUAACCGAUAAAAUGGCUAAAUCUAUGGCUGAACAAUCAAUGAAAUUACAAAAGAUACAUGCUCCUAAUUUCAAGGUAAAAUUACUGUGACAAUUUAGACAAAAAUAAAUAUAUAUUUAUAUAUUGUCGUUCUUGUUAAUUUUUUUGUGAUUGUCAAGUAACAUUUUAAACUUUAAUGUCGUUAUUGAUUAAUAUAAUCAAAUGUUUAUUUAAUAUUAAAAUUCAACUUUAUUUAUUGUUAAAUAUUUUGAAAUAUGAAAUAAAUAUCUUAUAGGAUUAAAUCUUUACAUUUUUAUGAAUUUGAUAAAAAAAAUAAAGUUGAACAAAAAAUGUAUAUUUUAUAAAUAAUUAAAAAUAUUUCUUUUCGUAUCAGUGUUCAAAAAUCUUUUUGAACAUAUGAACCACCAACUAAAUAUUUAACUGGUUGCCCAUAAAAUAUCCUUUUCAAUGAUUUUAAAAUAUAAUCUGGCAGUUUUUUUCUCAUAUUUGAUAUUCAGUUUUAUAGACUAUCAGUUGGGAUAAAUUACUUUUUAUACUUCUAUGGAGAAUCUCAAUAUUUUUAAAAUGAAAUCUUUAAAGUAUAUUUUUUAUAAAGUUAAGAUUUUACUUAUUAUUAGGGUUUAUUUUUUUUUUUUCAUUUAACAAGGACAUUAAUUUAAAACAAAAUAUUUGUUGGUAAAACAGGCAAUGCAAAAAUUAGAUCAAGCUAGAGAAAAAAUGCAAGAAACCGACAGAGAAUUUAAUAGUGCCAGGACUCGUGCAAAGAAAGCUAAACAGAACUUUGAACGCGUUAAGAAAGAGAGACAUACAAAAUUCACAGAGUGUUUUGAGCACGUAGCCAAUGAGAUUGAUUUAAUAUACAAGGUAUUUUUUUUUGCCCUUGUAUAAAUUCUAGAAUGUUAUUAUUACCAUAAAAAAUAUUGAUUUUCUAAAUAUAUAUAUAUUUGUGUACUGUUUUUAGGCUUUGUCUAAAAAUCAAUCAGCACAGGCUUUCUUAGGACCUGAAAACCCUGAAGAACCUUAUUUGGAUGGUAUAAACUAUAAUUGUGUGGCUCCUGGUAAACGUUUCCAACCAAUGUCUAAUUUGUCGGGAGGAGAAAAAACAGUUGCCGCUUUAGCUCUGUUGUUCGCCAUUCAUAGGUAUCUAGAUUUUAUAAAUAUAUAAAUAUUUUUUCAUUAAAAAUAUGUAUGAAUAUGGCGUAUGUUUUUAGUUAUCAACCAGCUCCGUUUUUCGUACUUGAUGAAAUAGAUGCUGCUCUAGAUAACACAAAUAUUGGUAAAGUUGCUUCUUAUAUUCUUCAGAAAAAAACUAAUUUACAAACUAUUGUUAUAUCUCUCAAAGAAGAAUUUUUCCAUCAUGCUGAUGCUCUGGUUGGAAUUUGUCCUGAUGUAAGUCAUAAAUCAUCAUUGUUAAUGCAUUUUAUAUUAAUAUUAUUUUGAAAUACUCAAGUGUUAUUAACACAAUACAACAAACAUAAAAAUCAUUUUGUUAUUGAAACAUUUUUUUUUUAUAGGAAGGACAGUGUUUAAUCAGUAAAGUGAUAAUGAUGGAUCUCGCUGAUUAUCCAUUAGCCGAACCUGAUGAUAGUAUAGCGUUCUCUUUACGUUAGUCACUGGAGUUGAAAUCUUGUAGUUUACAAAAAAAAAAAAAAAAAUUACUACUGCUUUUCUAUCUAAUUCAAUCAAUUUAUAUGUUUUACUUGAUUUUUUAUUGCACUCGAUUAAAUAAGUUAUUUUAAUAUUAUU